AAAACAGACGACAGUGAAGUUUGUUUAGACAUUGCUGUGGAAACGUUAAUUCAGAAUACGAACGAAAGAGACACAAGUGUGUUUGUUUUGGCAUUUCUGCAAAUAAUCCUCAAAAAGAAGGUACGGUGAACAUGGCUACUGUGCACGGGCAAAAUAAUCAAAAUGCCUUGGAUAUUUGUGCGACAGAAGAAACUGACGACUGCAAAUCUCAGACUUUUGAAGAAAACGGCAAUUUUGAAAAGCGCCCCCCUGACCAUAAUACGUGCAAUACAGAAGAUGCGUACAGGAGUCUGGCUCAGAUGGUAAGUGCUUUUGACAAAGCUGAUAUUCACAGAGAUAAUAUGAAUAAUACGCGUUCAGUGGCUGCAUUAGAUUGCACGAACUAUUCGAACCUGGAACCUAAUACCAGCACAUCUUCCACUGAUGAUGAAACAUCACAAAUAAAACCAAUAAACUUGUCUGGCAUGUUAAUGAAGGAAGAAACAGAAGACGCCGGAUCAACUACGCAGAUACACACAGAGAUGAACAAUAGUAGUGCAGUAAUGCGUAUCGGAGACAUAUGUCCCUUGGCGAAGCUAGGCGAAUUUGGUGUCUCAUAUUUACCCUCAAAAACCAGUGCGAUUCUUGAACUUACUAAGGUUCUAGUGGAAGCGAUUGACAAAGAAGAAAGUGCACCUGGGGAACACAGACGACUAACUACGGUACAGAGAAAUCAGUUAAUCAAUGAUUUUUUCAAAACGCACAUAGUUAUUCGUAUUGACACAGAGGAGGCAGUGCAAACUAUUGGAUUAACAUGUUUUAAAUUGAUAGAGGCUACAGAUUUCUCAGAUGUUCAUUCAAUUAGAAACCAGGCCGCAGAAACUUUCCCUAGUAUUGAAGAAGUGAGAAUGGAGAAUGCACAUGAAAUGCAAAUGUUAGGCGGAAUUGAUGCCCCCGAUUUGCACUCAAAAAUACGUGAAUCUUCUGGUCAGGCGAUUACCACAGGAAAAAACGUACCUGAAGAACAGAGACAGUUGAUUGUCAAACAAAACAGACAAAUAAAUAAGGAGGAUUUCAAAAACUACAUCAUCACUCGUGUGGAGGUGCAAGAGGCACUGCAAAUUAAUGGAUCAGCAGCUUUAACAUCGAAGGAUGCUACUGAUUUGGCAGUUACUCAGUCAAAUAGAAGACUGGCUGCAGAAACCAUCUUUAUUAUUGAAGACGUACAUGUAUUGAACACUUAUAGAAUGCAGAUGGUAGGCGAAAUUGAUUUCCCCUAUUUGUCUUCAUAUGUCAUUGCCAACCUGGAACUACCAGGCCAGGCGAUUAGCUCAGAAGAAACCAUUCCCGAUGAACAGAGAUGGCUGACUAACAUAAAAAGAAGUGAUUUGAACAAGGAGCGCUGCAAAACUUACACCAGUACUUUUCUGGUGAUAAACGAGGCACAGCAAAUUGUUUUAUCAGCAAUUUGUCUAUUCAAAAAACCUGUAGAUUUUGCAGAUACUCUGCUAAACAUGGAACUUGGUACACUGGCAAUUCGGACCAAUACCCCGGUUCCUGGUGAAAUAUUAAAAAAAUUGUUCAACCAAAACUUUGGCGUCAUAUUAUCGAUUCUAACUGGAGCAGGCCCUAAUAUGCGAUCAACAAAGUCGUCGGUUUUAAGGAAGAAUCUUGGAAGUAAAAUUCACACGCUAGAUGUAUUAGGCUCUGAUAUGCAGCUCGAAAGAGUAGUAGCCUCAACUAACAACUAUGAAAGUCAGAUCUCGAUGCUACCUGGAGGCACUACUGAGGGAUCUACAAAAGUAUCUGUCUCAAAGAAUAACUUUGUUCAUAAGAUCCCGUUUCCUAUUGCAACAUGCAGUAAUGCGCUGUCAAUAAAGGAAUCUGUUCCAAAGCAAAAGUCUGGCAGCAAGGCACAGAUUCGAUGUGCAGCAGUCGCUAAAGUGGUGUCAACAAAAGUACGUGUUUCAAAGAAGAAAUUUGUUAGUAAGAAAGCGGUUCGAAUUGAAUCAUGCACUAAUGUGCGGCAAACAAAAACAUCUAUAUUAAGGACGGACUUUAGCUGA